AAAAAAAAAGUCAAAUAAAAUUAAAAUUCAGUGUUAAGGUUUUAUCAUAUACGGUACCUGGAACUGAAAUGGAUUUAUUCAGAAUUUUAUACGAUGAAUCUAUAUAAAACAAGCCCUAAUAUUGAAAUUGAAAAUAUAUACACUACACAGUAUAGGCAAAAGUUUUUGGACACCUGACUGAGACACUAAUGUGUGUUUUUUUUUUUUUUUUUUUCUUCCAGAUUUAGUCACACUUUUGCUGUUAUAAUGCGCUCCACUCUUCCAGGAAGGAUUAACGCUAGAUUUGAGGGCGUGGCCGUGGGGAUUUGUGUUCAUUCAGACAUUCCACAAGUGCGUUAGUGAGGUCGAGGUCAGGCGCUGAUGUUGACUUGAGGAGGCUCCAGUUCCAGUUCAUCCCGUAGGUGUUCAGUAGGGUUGAGUUCAGGACACCUCGAGUCCUUCCAGUCACACACCAUGGAGCUCUUCAUGGGGCUGGCUUUGUUGCACAGGGACACCUUCAUGAUGGAACAGUGUCUGGGCUUCUUAGUUCCCGUGAAGAUGUGCGGUGCGUGUGAGCGCCGGUAAUCCGCCGGAGAUCGAUCACGCGGUCAAGCAAUCACACAAUCGCGCUCGCGCGCGUGCGUGCGGGGGAACGGCCACGGUGGUCAGACAGAGCAAAACAAAAGGAGCUGCACCAUAAAUCAAUCCGGGAGGAAGUGGAUCAGAGAUCAGAAGCUUGGACGCGUCCGUGACUGCGUGAAAGCGCAGCACUUCCGGAUAAGAAGCUGUGCGUGGACAUCUUCCCGCAGCUCCCAGGCGCAUCCUGAUCAGAUCUGCUGCACGUCCUGAAAACCAGAGCCUUCACUUCACCUGAGCUUCCAGUCUGAGCCAUGUCCAUGUACAGAGACACAGCCGAUUUGUCCCGGAGUUCCCCGACCCCCAGGCUGUGUGGAGUGCUGUGUCCGCUCGACUCGCUGUGGACCGACGGGAAGAAGAUGGAGGGGCAGCAAAGGAGCACGAACACGGAGAACAGGAAGGUGGAGAUCCGCAGGAGUGCUGGCAAAGAGCUGCUGCAGAACCUCAAUGACCAGAGUGAGCGCUUGCUCAUUAAAGGAGCCAAGAUUGUGAACGAUGACCAGUCCUUCUCCGCAGACAUCUACAUGGAGGAUGGACUCAUCAAGCAGAUUGGGGAGAACCUGAUUGUCCCAGGUGGGGUGAAGACGAUCGAUGCUCACGGCCGCAUGGUGAUGCCGGGUGGUAUCGAUGUCCACACUCGCUUCCAGAUGCCUGACCGAGGCAUGACGGCAGCCGACGACUUUUAUCAGGGCACCCGCGCGGCAGUGUCAGGAGGAACCACCAUGAUCAUUGACCACGUGGUUCCCGAGCCCGGUACCGGUCUGAUAGCGGCGUUUAAUCAGUGGCGUCAGUGGGCUGACAGCAAGUCGUGCUGCGAUUACUCGCUCCACGUCGACAUCACCGAGUGGCACAAAGGCAUCCAGGAGGAAAUGGAGACGCUCGUCAAGGACCAUGGUAUUAACUCUUUCCUGGUCUACCUGGCUUACAAGGACAUCUUCCAGCUGACCGACUCUCAGAUCUACGAGGUGUUCAGCGUGAUCCGGGACCUCGGCGCCAUCGCACAGGUCCACGCUGAGAACGGAGACAUCAUCGCCGAGGAGCAGCGUCGAAUCCUGGAGUUGGGAAUCACCGGACCGGAGGGACACGUUCUGAGCCGUCCAGAGGAGGUGGAGGCCGAGGCGGUGAACCGCUCCAUCACGGUGGCCAAUCAGACCAAUUGUCCUCUUUACAUCACCAAGGUGAUGAGCAAGAGCGCAGCUGAUGUCAUCGCCCAGGCCAGGAAGAAAGGCACCGUGGUAUACGGGGAGCCAAUCACGGCCAGUCUUGGCACAGACGGCUCGCACUAUUGGAGCAAAAACUGGGCCAAAGCUGCAGCAUAUGUGACCUCGCCACCCCUGAGUCCGGAUCCCACUACGCCCGACUAUCUCAACUCCCUGCUGUCAUGUGGCGACCUCCAGGUGACAGGAAGUGCCCACUGCACCUUCAACACCGCGCAGAGAGCCGUUGGGAAAGACGACUUCACCCUCAUCCCUGAGGGGACCAACGGCACAGAGGAGAGGAUGUCCAUCAUCUGGGACAAAUGUGUGGUGUCUGGGAAGAUGGACGAGAACCAGUUUGUGGCCGUGACCAGCACAAACGCAGCUAAGAUCUUCAACCUGUACCCCCGUAAGGGCCGCAUCGCCGUGGGAUCAGACGCCGACCUGGUGCUCUGGGACCCCGACAUCACCAAGAUCAUCUCGGCCAAGAGCCACAACCUGGCGGUGGAGUACAACAUCUUCGAGGGCAUGGAGGUGCGUGGGGCUCCGCUGGUGGUCAUUAGCCAGGGAAAGAUUGUUCUAGAGGACGGAACCCUGCACACCACUGAGGGCUCAGGACGCUACGUGACCCGAAAACCAUUCCCUGACUACGUCUACAAGAGGAUAAAAGCCCGCAGCAGGCUUGCUGAGUUGAGGGGCGUUCCUCGUGGCCUGUACGACGGCCCGGUGUGUGAAGUUACCGUGACUCCCAAGGCUGUUACCCCUGCUUCUUCAGCCAAAACAUCUCCAGCCAAACAGCAAGGUCAGCCUGUCAGGAACCUGCACCAGUCUGGCUUCAGCCUCUCUGGUGCUCAGAUUGACGAUAACGUUCCACGUCGCAGCACUCAGCGCAUCGUGGCACCCCCUGGUGGCAGGGCUAACAUCACCAGCCUGGGUUAGAGCUCUCAGCUCCCUGCAGGAGAUCAGGGGGUUGGGGGGUGUUUACAAGUGGAGGUGUUUCCGAUACCAACGCUAGGUCCAGAGUCGAGACUCUCCACUCCUGAAACCCACUAACCCUCCUUUAAUCUCAUAGUCCCCUACUUUUACCCCGUUUCCCCUCCUUGCCCCAAAUCCCUAAACCCUCUCCUUUAGGAGAAAUUUAACGAAAAAAAAAAAAAAGAAGUAUUUGCCUCAUGUGAAGAUAAAAGUAAAAUAAUUAACACUCCAUAUUUGAGCACCUUGAUUGUAUGAUUUAGCAUUUUUUAUACUGUAUUUUUUACCUAUCGUGUGCCAUUUUAUAGAUCUUUUUUUUUUUCUCCUUUAUUUAACACCUUUUUUUAAUUGGAGGGGUCCAGAUAAUAGGCUAAGCGGUUAUUGUUUACCAUUAAAACUUUAUUUAACAAGGUGAGUGGCAUAUAGAGUCCUAGCUUUGAGCACGUUCCAGUGGCAUAACGUUGUUUUUCCGUCAUUGUAGGGUUUUAAUAUCAUUUAGGAUUGUUAAUAUUCGUUGCGUAAUCGGCGACACGUUAAAACUAAAGGCCGUUCAUUUUUGUCGCACGCGAGCGCUAACUCGUAAACGUCGGCUUUUAGGCCGGAAAUUGAUCCGACUUAAAGUGCACCUAUUGUGGUUUUGAAACGCGCCUAAUUUUGUUUUAAAGCUCUCAUACGAUAGACUUACGUGCAUCCGAGGUCAAAAAAACUGCAGCGUUACCGUUUUUCCCCCCAGUGUCACAAACGACUCGUUAAAUGAUUCGUUCUAAAGGAUUCGUUCUAAACUCCUCCUUUCAGAGAGCAUACUCUGCUCUGAUUGGUCAGACGUCCCCGUCUGUCGUGAUUGGUCUACCGCUGUCAGCGAGCAGACGAUGAAGAUCAGAGGCGGGGUUUUUUUGUUACGUACCUACGUAGGUUUGUACAGGAAGUAAAGUCUGGAAUCACUAACGAGUCGUUUCAGCCGUUCAGAAUCGGUUCCUUCUUUCGGGAGUCGAUAACUCCGUUUGUCGUGCGCUUUGAUUUUUGAAACUUUGCAGACUUUUUACAUUCGCAAACAGCUACGUAUAGAACACGCUACAUGAAAGGGAAUAUCUGAAAAAACCAUCGUAGGUGCACUUUAAGUGUAUUCGUUUGGCGUAAAUGAAAAACAUCAGGACACAAUUCAAGCGGGAGUCCUCACGAUUUGGCCACUCGAUCUGAAGAAAUCAAAUCCAUACGAGGAAGCAGCUUUAAUGCUUCGAAGUUAGUUUUGUGAUUGGUAGUUGAGGAAUUGUGCACUGUUUAGUCGUUUUAAAAGGUGAGCUGUGUGGAAAUCGGCACCCCGUGUGAGGACUUUUCUGGCUCGUUUUAAUUCACCGAGAUGCAGAUGGGAAAUUGCAGAGACGAACGUCCUUUUUUUUUGUUUUGUUUUUUUAAAUAAAGUUUGCAUUGUUGUGGUUGUUUUAUAUUCAUGUAAAAUGUGGGAUCGUAACUUCUGCCAUUCCUGUAAAUCGGGAUUUCGGAGCCAGAUCCGUCAUCUUGGCUUAUUAUUAUUAUUAUUAUAAUUGUGCUUCUCUUCAUUUUUUUUGUUGUGUUUUUUACUUAUUUUAAAUUCCUCCAUUACAUUCUGUGUUAAUGAAUGUGAUAAUAUGGCUAACGUUUUUUUUUUGUUUUUUUUUUUACGUCCACGGAAAUGCAAACGUAACAGCUUAUGAUUUUAGACUAACCUAACACUUAUCUUUAUGCCUGUGCCUAAAGUAACAGAAGCGUACUGAUCGUUUUAAGGCUUUUAUUAUUAUUAUUUUAUUUGAUUUUUGGAAAUUUUUUUUUUUUUUUAUUCGAUUAAACUUGCUGAUGAAAAAAAAAAAAGAAAAAAAGAAAAAAAAAAAGAAGGCUAUAGACGUAGAAUAGCCGAAGUAAACCGAUGCAAAGGUGCCAGAUUUUUCUUCUCAACCCCUUUUCCGCAAGGGUCUUGUUCGAGAUUCUGUGUCGCAGUGCCAUUACAGGGGUGUAAAUGUCAAUGUUAGUGAUGUAGUGCAAUGGAUGAUCAUUUACAAUAAGGGACUUUCACCACACUGAAAUACACAUCGACUGACCGCGUUUUCAACAUUAAAAAAAAAAAAAAAAGAAAAAAAAGAAGGGUUGAGCCAUUUUUUUAGCAUGGAAUCCGUCCGUACGGACCAUAACAUAGUUGUAGUGUUGUGAAAAAGUGUCACGCUGGAUCUUUGUGUAACUCUCUCACGGGAUCCUCAGGAUCGCCCGUGUUUUUAAAAUUUUUGUAUUUUUUUUUUUUUUUUUUGCCUUUUUUUUUUUUUUUACCCGUCUUUUCUGUUUUUUUUCCCUCAAAACAUCUGCUCUGUUUUUCUCUCAUCUGCAGAAAUCUUGGCUCCUCUGUCGCUCACCUUUUCCUCCCCAUGACUACAUAAACACACACACACACACGCAUAGAGAUUUGUCUGCUUUAUUACGCCGCCUUCCCACGAGUGCGAGUCGUAAGCUCUUGGCUUCCAGUUCCUCAAGCUGUUUUAACUCUAUAAGGAAUUUGGAAUAAGAUUGCGAGAGACGUAGCGCUGACGGUCCCGAGCGAAGGGGGUAAGCGAGGGGAUUUCCGAAUGGAAGUUAGAGAAGGAUCGGAGGAGCGUAUUAGCAGCGUUCUUUACCUCUCACGGAAUUCGGUGCCGAACGUGGGGGGGAGGAGGGGGGAAGCGUACGGUCCAAACGACAUUUCUUCAGCAUGAGGCCCCUCUUUUCUUUGUUGAUGAAAGGGCUUCGGAGGCUUUACUGGGAUCUCGCCAACAUUUUAUUUUUAUUUUGAAUCUCAGUUCCUUUAUCAUCCCUCAUAUUUCAUUUACCGAACCAUGUCUGUUUUCCUCUGUGACUUCCCUCCUUCCUGCAUUCAUGUGUUUUCCGGCGUUACUAUGACUACGGCUCAGUGUUUGUCAUGGCAACACACUCUGAUACGUCGGAAGUUGCCCGUAGCAACCCUUCCAGACACGGUGCUAUAAAAACAACAUUGACUCAUUUGGACCGCUGUCUUUUCUUUCUUUUUCUCUCUCUUUUUUUUUUUUUUUUUUUUGGAAAGUUGUUCCACGACUGUAAGAUAAAACACAUGUUUUGUUUCUGUCUCGACUGGGAACGGUUCAACAUGUCGUCACGCGUCGCGCUUUCUCAUCUUCGGUGACAUGAUGUUCUCCUCUUGUCUGGGGGUUGCAUGUUCUCGAAGGUUCUGUGUGUGGUGCAGAACUGGAUAGAGCUACACAACACCAUGCCUUCCCCCCACCUCCCCAACCCCCCCCCCCAAAAAAAAAGAGUUAACCCACAGAGCCACUGGUGUAUGCAUGCAUGUGCAUUAAGCUGAUAUUAAAAAAGACAUGCCUUAAGCUUCAGGCUUUGCCUCCUCACAUCAUCAUCAUCAUCAUCUAGUAUAGCUUUCAACAUUCAUAACACACACACACACACACACACACACACACACACACACACACACUUAUACUUAACGUACCUCAUUCUGUAAACCUGUAUGUUUUAUAUGCCUCUAGUAUGUGAUGUAAGUGAAACGCUGUUUGCUGACUGGGGCUGAGGGACAUUUCAGCCUGAGUUUGUUAUGCUGUUAGAAUCCGCCCUCUUUCUUCACUUGCCCUUCCCCUCCCCCACCCCCGAACCCCACCGUUGGCUGGUCGAUCGUGUCUGUGGGGUUCGAGGAUGUUCGCUCGCGCUGAAAAGUGUGUAAUGGAUGGUGAUGUAAAGUUAAAAAAACAAAACAAAACAAAACAAUGGUGGUUUGACAAAAAUAAAAAAUGUUUAAAAAAAAAAAAAA